AUGAAUGCGCCGAAUUCAUCAAGCGAUUCAGACGAUAAACCGCUCAUUGAAUUGAAGCCCUCCUCCAUUCAAUCCCAUCCAAUCCAUCAACAAGCCAAUCAUGUAUCGGAUUCGGAAUCCAGUGAAUCGGAUAACGAGCCGUUAGUGAAGCCGCCAUCCACAACUCUCCAAUCCAAUCGUCCCCUCCAAUCGAACAAAAACGAUUCAAAGAACGAGCUUUUGCCCUCGAAACCCAUUUCAUCUCACCCAACACCCAGCGAAAGCGACAGUUCCGAAGACGAACCCAUUCUAGCGCUCUCCUCUUCCAUUCUUCCUCUUUCCUCUUCUGUCCCCUCCACUUCUCCUCCCCAACUCAUUCCUCCUCCUCAACCCACAACCAAAAACCCGCUUCCAAAUGAGCCAAUCGUUCUCGGCGAUGACAAGUCAACCUCCUCCGAUUCCGAUGAUUUCCCGAUCGUUCCUCCUUCAGCCAAUCCUCCCAAAACGUCAAUCAACCCAAGAGAAGCUUCUGCGAAUCUUCCCAAGCCUUCCUUGCCUCCUUUGGAGAAUUCCACGGUUUCCCCUUUGACCGUUUCGGCGGUUUCAGCGGUUUCAGCGGCUCCGAAGCCGGUUUGUCGAGAUGGAACGAAUACUUCAAGUUCGAAUUCUUCGCUUCUGAUUCCCGUGUUUCGCUCGACGUUGGAAUCGCAGCAGCAUCCACUGCCCGAUCUCGCUGGAGAAUUCGAUUAUCCCGCGGUGAAACCGCCUCCAUUGAGUCGAGAAGUGAUCAAUGAGUUGUUUCCACGAAGCAAAAUGGAGAAACAAGGCGUGGAGAAUGCGGUUUCGAAGGUUGUGGAGAGGAACAUAUUAACACGGCGUGUGCGAUGUUACCAGCUCCGAUUCAAACCAUGGCAGUGA